AUGACGACAAUCGACGAGCUAGGAGAGAUGGAAUUUGUUAAUUGGGAUGCUGCCGUAGUCGGCACCGGCUCCGAACCCGUAGUCACCUCGGAGGGCGUAGCUGGUCCUAUCGACGCUCCUGCUGCAUCAGUAGACCAACCCAAUAUGGACCUUGUCUUCGGGGACGUCGAAGGGGAUGACUGGUCGUACUGGGCUCUUGAACACUUCGAGUCCACUCAGAUGCCUCAGGGAGUCGACUCGGUGGCGCUGCCGGAGCCCGAAUCCGCAGCCAACUCACAGCUUUAUUGGGAGAUACCCGCCGUGCCUUGUACGCACUGCGCAAUGGGUGGUUACCAAUGCAAGCAAAUCAGGGAAGGUAAAUAUAAUGGUUAUUGUACGAGUUGUGUUGCUCUACGUUGUGAAUGCAGCUUCGGGCCUGUAGAACAUAACUUGACUGCCGGGGCGGGCGCGACUUUUCCUGCGAACCCCUGGCCUAUAAUGGGCGAUAGACCAGAGACGUCCAUCCUGCAUGAGGAUGAAAUAGCUGCUAUGAUUACUUCAGCGCCGCCUGCACCAGGCCUGGUUGCAAUCGCCGAGGACAGAAAAUCAUUGUCAAAGCCUCAGACUACGACCAAGAGCGUUACCCGAUUUUCUCGCGAGUCAGUGAAAAUCCUGAAAAACUGGGUAUCGACGCAUAGUAGACACCCGUAUCCAACGGAAGAGGAGAAAGAGGGCCUUCAGAAGAUAACUGGCCUUAGCAAGACACAGAUUACGAACUGGUUAGCAAAUGCCCGCCGUCGUGGGAAGAUCCAGCCGACCCGAGCGACGUCCCCUCAUAUUGGCCGAGGAUAUGUCCAAGCCAUCGAUAUUCCACAGCGGAGAGGCACGCCGGCGCUGUUCGAGAACAUGAACCCCUUGCAGCGAUGGGCGAAUUCUCCGCCGGAAAAUGAACCUGCGUCCGUGGCGGCCAUUGCCAAGGCCGUGUCAGACUCUUCCAAUUCAUAUUCGCAAACCUCAGGAUCGGGUCGGAACAGUCCCUACGUUUCUAACUAUUCAGAUGAUGGAUCGAGUAGGUCGCUGUGCAAUCAAUCGUCUGCUAGCAGUUUGGGCACCUCUCACUCCAGUGGAAAUUCCUUCGCCUCCGCAUAUUCCAGUAAAUCGCGUGGCUCCUUCGGCUCGCUAUCGUCAUUCGUCCGAACUCGAGGCCGUCGUCGCCGUCGUCGAGCUCCACCCGUACGAGCCGACGAAAGUCUCAACCAACCGCUCAAAACUUUCCAGUGCACGUUCUGUACCGAGACUUUUAGGACUAAGCACGACUGGCAACGGCACGAGAAAUCCUUGCAUUUAUCUCUCGAGCGGUGGAUAUGUUCUCCCGAAGGCCCGAGGACUUUAAACCCGGAUAAUGGCAUGAUGAGUUGUGUCUUUUGCGGCGAGGCAAAUCCGGACGAUGGUCACAUGGAAUCUCAUAAUUUCUCCGGCUGUACGGAGCGGACGUUGGGAGAGAGGACGUUCUACAGGAAGGAUCAUCUUCGACAGCAUCUUAAACUCGUGCAUAAUGUGAAGUUUCUUCCGUGGGCAAUGGACAAGUGGCGAGUGGCCUCUCCCGAGAUUAGGUCACGAUGUGGUUUCUGCGGUAUCGUGUUAGAUAGCUGGACAAUCCGAGUGGACCAUCUGGCCGAGCACUUUAAGACCGGUAACACUAUGGCUGACUGGAAGGGUGACUGGGGUUUCGAAGCCCCCGUGCUUGAGAUGGUGGAAAACUCCAUCCCACCUUAUUUAAUUCACGACGAGAGGAAUACUCCUCUGCCUUAUAGGGCUAGUAGCAGCCCCCCGGCGACACCGAUCAACGCUUAUGAACUACUGAAAUGGGAGCUUCAGCACUGGGCUACUAUGUUCACUGCAGAUAAUGGAAGGGCGCCAAACGAUGCCGAGAUGCAACUAGAAGCCUGUUCCAUUCUCUAUGGAUCGGAGAUCCAAACCAAGAAUUUCCAGCGUCCCCGUUGGGAAGCAUCGUCUUGGUUACGCGACCUUGUACUGUCUUCGGAAGAGAUAUCUCGAAGCGCUGCCUUGCGACCGAUUCGGGAACAAUCAGAUAACCGGUUAACCUCGUUACGUAUCAAUGGCAAGGACAAUAUCUUUGAAAACUGCGAGUUCGAGAGGCAGAUGCAAGACUUCGUCAAGGCUAAGCAGCUACUGGGCCUAACGGCUAUGGAUCAUGAACUUCAAGUCGAAGCUUGUCGUAUCAUCGGUAGGAUGGAAGAGAAGUCUAGUAACCCCAUGGAAGACAUAGCAAACUGGCUGUUGCGCAUCAUAUAUGGUUCUCCGACCUGGCUUCAGAGUUUUAGGCAGCGGGCGCAUCUUCCGCGCAGUGAGGACGUCGGGGACGUCAAUCUAAGGUCGAAAGAUCUCAAGACUAUAGACUCUACUAUUCACAGUUACAGUAGAUUGGAACGGGAGCUUGGCGAAUACCUCGAGGGACAGAGGUCAGCAGGUGUCGAACCUCAAGAUGCCGACCUCCAACGAGAGGCUCGCGUCAUUAUCUAUGACAGCGACGAUGAAUGGAACCAGACGGCAGCCGAUGAUAAAGAAUGGCUCCACCGCUUCCGAAAGCGACACCCACGAGAUCGUGCUGCUACUACAUCUACAUCUAUAUCGAGCGUGUCCCCUAUAAAUCAGAGGCCAUCGCCGUCUCAGAACCAAACUGUUACAAGAGACUCACAGUACCUUGGGCCUCUACUUGACGAGCUACCUUCCUGUCACGACCAACAAGCAACCAAUAGGGCCCUCAACAGCUCUAUCAAGACUGGCCCAUACUUCCUUAACGAUACAAACUGCUACCGCCGCUUAGCUCGGGGUCUCAGUCGCUUCGUAGCGUCGACCAUGUCUCCCAAUAACCCCAACCGACACGUGCCAACCGACGAAGAAAUCCGGUACCAAGCCCGGUGGUUAAUAUACGACGACGACGACCCAUGGAACCAGACCGCAGCCGACAACUUCGAGUGGCUCCAGCGCUUCAAGCGAGACGCCGGGAUCCUAGCCGCAGACAGCGGCCCGGGUCUCGGCAACCCCAAGGACUCAGCAUGGGCCCCCAGCUCAGGGGGCACCGGGUUUGCGCCGCCGUACGUCGCGCCCAACCCCGCCGCCACGAUCGAGCCGCUAGCCUCGAACCCGACGAUCCUAGUCCGCGACGCGCGGCCCUUCGAGCCCGCCGCCAGCACCGCGAACCGCUUCCUCCAGUCCUUCACGCGGCGCUUCCCCGCGCCGGCCAAGGUGUUCUGCAGCCGCGAGCUGGAGAGCGGGCUGACCGAGUACGUGCGGCGCGAGGUCGGCCGCACGGGCGUCUUCCCCUCCGACGACCACCUGCGCGAGCGCGCGCGCCAGAUCAUGGCCAUGCAGAAGACCAGCUGCGACGACCCCGUGCUUCUCGAGCGCUUCAAGGCCGCCGUGCAAAGCGCCGGCCUCUCGGACGCCGGGCCGCUUACCCCCGGUGUAGCCGCUGAUAUCGCAACCGUCGCCGCCGGCGAUGCGGCGCUCGCGAUGCUGCCGGAGGACAUGGAUAUGGAUUUCCAGUUCACGGAGCAGGAGAUGAACGACAUACUGCAGGACGUGAGUCCCGAUUUCGAGGGAGGGGCACCGCUCAACCAGAGCCCCUUGGAUGACAUUAACAGCGGCGUCGUUGGUUCGGGUUUCAACCUAUAA